AUGGCGGGAAAAGGGGAAUUCGACUCAGAGGGCGCUCAACCUGCCAGCCAGUCCAAAGCCGCGAGGUUCAAUGCCCAUGUAUUGAAAAAGCUCCAAGCCGCAGUCAUAAAAGAUCCGGAGAUCAACUUGGCCGAGCAAUUCCCGCUGGAGUAUCCGCAACGUCUUACAGAAAUGAGAAAUCCUAUUGAAAGCUCCCCGAAGAAAACCAAAUAUAAUCCACCGGAGGCCGAUGAAGACAUCCGACGAUCUCUUUGCCCAUCAGACCCGGUUGAAAUUGUGUUUCCUCUUUCGGACGCAGUUGCAAAGUUAAUCGAGCCUGUGUCACAAACUGCGGAGGGGUUGCCGGUCGGACUCUCUCAAAGGCUGUUUGAAGUUCUAAAGAGUAGUGAAAUUCUUUGGAAAGCUCCCUUCGCUCGACAGAAAGUAAUAUUCAAAUGCUCCGCGGAAAUCGUUGUCAAAGCGAUUCGCAAUAUGGAGUGCUUUACUAAAUACACCGCUUUACAAUAUCUUGACCGUUAUAAGUCAAAUAUUCCAGUACCAAAGCCUCUUGAUUUAGAUGUACGCCGCUUGGGGCAGUCUGGCAUACACUCGACUCUUAUCGAAAACACUCCCUUAGCAGCCAACUCAAUACGAUAUUGGCAGAUUUGCGAACCCUUCCUUUUACAGAAGGGAGUCCUCUAG